AUGAAGCCGACUUCAAAAUCAGUAGUCUACACAGACCAGGCUCCAAAGCCUCCUCCUUUCCUGGCCCAGGGCAUUGUUACUGGAAAUACUGUAUUUUGCUCCGGGCAAAUCGGCGUCGAUCGGGAGACAGGUGUGCUGGUCGAAGGCACGCUAAAAGACAGACUGGUGCAUUCCCCAAGCUCAUUGCUACAUGGUGAUUCUUCACUGACAUGGGUUGCAAAAAAGAGACAAAUUGUUUCCAAUCUGGAGGCUGUUCUGAAAGCAGCGGGAUCGAGUCUACAAAAUGUGGUCAAAGUCAAUGUUUUCCUCACCGACAUGGCAGACUAUGCGGCCAUGAAUAAAGCAUAUGCAGCUCUAUUCCCUGACCCCAAACCCGCCCGGACAUGUGUAUGCGUUCAGUCGUUGCCUCUUGGAACAGAUAUCGAGGUUGAGUGCAUUGCUGCCAUUGAUUCUCCUGUUAAGACACGACUGUAA